AGCGUUCACUCUCUCUCUCUCUGCGCUGCCUGCCUGAAUACAGUCUACAGCCGAGUGCAACGAGUUACCACAGACAGACAGAGAGCAGACUGGCUGGUUGGACCGGUGCGUUUCCGAUCCAACACUGCAUCGUUGUUUCAGAGCGAAGAGAAGGCAGAUUAUAACACAGGUACCUACAGAUAGAGAGGCAGAAAUGUUGGUCAAAUUUGCAACAGCGCUUCUGGUUUUGUCAGUUCUGGAGCAAGUGGUGGGAUUGGAUAAUAUCGAUGUUCAUGACAACCCGCCAGAGAAACCGGCGAGCCAGAAAGGACGUAUGUCUCUGCAGAACACAGCUGAGAUCCAGCACUGUCUGGUGAGUGCAGGAGACGUGGGCUGUGGUGUGUUUGAGUGUUUUGAGAACAACUCCUGUGAGAUCAGAGGCCUGCAGGAGAUCUGUCUGACCUUCCUACACAACGCCGGAAAGUUUGACUCCCAGGGUAAGUCGUUCAUCAAGGAUGCUCUGAAGUGCAUGGCCCACGGCUUGAGACACAAGUUCAGCUGCAUCAGCAGGAAGUGCCUGGCCAUUAAAGAGAUGGUGUUCCAGCUGCAGAGAGAGUGUUACCUCAGACACAACCUGUGUUCUGCAGCCAAGGAGAACGUUGCGGUCAUGGUGGAGAUGAUCCACUUCCAGGACCUCUUCCCUAAAGGGCCGUAUGUGGAGCUGGUUAACAUCCUACUGAGCUGUGGGGAGGAGGUGAAGGAGGCCUUAACCAGGAGCGUCCGGCUGCAGUGUGAGCAGAACUGGGGGGCUCUCUGUGACAGCCUGAGUGUCUGCUCUUCCCUCACCCCCCCUCCUGGUCAGGCCCCCUCCUCCCCCGAUCACCGCCGCCACGGGUCCCCCCACUCUGAGCCAGACCACCCCCGACCCCCCCGACAGGGGGACAAGGACAAGUCCAGUAAAGGAGGCUUCAACGCCCACCCCCGCAGCCGCAGCCAGGGUCCCCGCCGACAGAGCCCCGAGGCUGGGGUGGUGGCGGAGCAGGAAGACCCUGAGGCCACAGACAUCCGGAGGUGAAAGAGACAUUGGACCCUAACUAUCCUGA